AGCUCAUUCUUCAAUGACACUGUAGUUUACUUAAAUUGCAUGAUAGCAACAAUGCUUGCUUUGCAGCCAGCUGCUCCUACCGUUAGCAAAAUGACGGCCCCGGUGCACAGCGCAAAUUGUGGCAUGGGCAGCCUCGUAUUUGAUUGCGAGGUUGAGGAGCGCCUAUCAACUGCAGCAGUGCCACCUGCUGUCUCAGCAGCACCUCUUCGCAGCAGUAAAGAAAAACUUAACCAGGACAGAGAACGGCUGGUGAACCUCAGCCUGCCUACGAGCACGUAUGCUUGGAAGCUGCUACGCGAUGUACGGUACUUUCUCAAGGAGGAACGCGACACGGACGCCAUUUUGCUGGCGACAAAGCUAUCCGCAGUUGGCUACAAUGUGGUCGUACGAACAGCCCUUGGCGGCGGCCCUGCGUGCUUCAGGAACCUCCGACACGAGUUUCUAACGGUUCGCGGCCAAGGCGACUUUGAGGGCACCGAAUUCAUAGUGGAGCCGCAGUUCCGAGAGCACUUCAGCAUUCCGCACCCCACGGAGGAAUACAGCGAGCUGCUGAGUGCUGCGCCGGAUGUGUACGUGGGCGCGAGCGCUCGGCUGGUGCCCAUCGUCCAGACGCUGUGUGCACUCAUGGCGGAGUCCUUUGAGGCCCGCGGGCUGACGCUGCCGCCCUGGCGCCGCACGCAGUCCAUGCUAAGCAAGUGGCUGCCCAACCGCGUGCGGGACACCUGCUUCGCCCGCGCCAGCGCACCGGCAGGCACGGUGAACGGCAGCGGCGGCAGCGAUGACACCGACCCAAAUCAGAUGAUCCAGCCCUCCUGCUCCUCAUCCUCCUCGGUUCUUUCGCUGCGGCAACAGCAGCACCAGCAGCAGCAACAACGGCAACAGCAACAACAGUUGCCGGUGGCCACAGCGGCGGCGGCGGUAACCCCCGCCGCCGCCAACUGCGGUGUAGUGGAUGUGCCCUUCAUGGUUUCGGAGACCACCUUCACGUUCCUGCGUCUCAGUGAUCCCCUGCAGUCACCCUCUACCCCCAAAGCCCCAUGCCAUCACUGCCCCAGCCAGCAACCCCAACAACAACCGCAGCAGGACCUUCAACAAUACCAGCAACAACCACCCUGCUGCCAGUGCCGCCCUGCUGGCCCAACAGCGGGGAAGCUGCAUGCGGGCUGCAGCAGCAGCAGGUGCGGGACCGGCAGCAGCAGGUGCAGGUAGAGGAGGCGGACUUCCCUACCCGGCAUUGGGCCUUAGCAGUCGAGGGAACAGCGGUCUGCUAGCGGCGCGGCUGCAGCAGCAGCAGCAGCAGGGA